CAACGUAUCAUUGUAUUUGGUGAUGUGUUUUUUUUUUUGAAACUGAAUUUCGAACUGUCACUUUCAUUUGAAAGAUUUCCUAAUUAAAUUUGACAGUUUAAAGUGAGCGGACUCUCAAGACUUUUUUGUGUGUGAAUUUAAAGAGACGAAUUUAUAAUCAAGCUUGAUAAUUAUUAAUUGACGAAGUUUUCAAGAAUUCCACGAGAAGAAAUAUUGAUUUGUUCAAGCCUGAUUAAAUUACUAUUUUGAAAAUUAUCAUUAGAAUUUAAGUUAAUUCAUCGAAUCAAAAUUAUAUUAUGAUGCUGCAGCAAGCUGUGCAUAGUGAAAAUAAAAUUUCAAUUAUCGAGAUCUUUUUUUAAUUACAAAGAUGAGACUCAUUUAAGAGAAAGUGCAAAAGAAAAGUAAUUAUUCAGGAUUUACUUGAGAAAUUCGAUUAUAAGUGACUUAAAUAUCGAGAAUGCUUUAGAAUGUUGUCUUCUUCAAUAUCGACUCCGUUUAGCGUUCGUGAUAUUCUUAGUGAAGAACAACAACUUGGCGUCAUGGAUUGUUACGCGCAUCAUCAAAAUCAGGCACAUGUGGCGCAUCAAGAUUAUUAUUCAUAUAAUAUUGUACCUGAAAAUAAUUGGGAAAUGGAUAAAUUUAAAGAGCAAUCGAUGCCCAACUAUCAACAUUACUCAGAUCUCAAUCACGUUCACCAGUUGAGUCAGGUGGUACCACCGUAUCAAGAAACUUCUAUCACUGAAGAUGGUAAUAUUGUUACAUCCAGCAAAACAGAACUGCGCAAAAGUCAAUCUGGUAAAAGAACGAAACGGAAGCCAAGAGUGUUGUUCUCACAAACACAAGUUUAUGAAUUGGAACAACGAUUUAAGCAACAAAGAUAUUUGAGCGCACCUGAAAGGGAGAUGCUAGCCCAAACCUUGAAAUUAACUAGCACGCAAGUGAAGAUCUGGUUCCAGAAUCGACGAUACAAGAAUAAACGCGCUCGAAUCGAGGACGCCGAAAAACUGCAGGCGCAGAACAUGAAGAAUCAAUCACUAAAAAAGAUUGCUGUACCCAUUCUUAUCAAGGAUGGCAAACCUAACGUACAGGAGUCUUACAACGGCCCUUACUGGCCAAAUAUCCGAUCGGAUUUGAGCGGCCCGAUGCAGACAGAUUUCAGGACAAACGAGCUUCGUCUCAGUCCCGAUUUUAGGUCCAAUUCGAACGAGGUGAGAAUUGACUCCAGUAUUAGUCCGGAGUAUAAAUCAGAGGUAAAUUCAGACAUACCUGGAAGAUCGAGCCUGAAUAAUAUGGCGGACAGGCACGUUCCAGAAUACAGGAAUAAUUUUGUAACGGAUGCUCCACCGGAUGUGCACGAUUGCAAUCGAUUAAUCAAGACGCAAUUUAAAACAUGCGCGAACGGGAAUGAAACCGCCUCAUAUUCAGAUCUAAAAAAUGUUCAAUCUGACAAUAAACAGCUCGUGACUGACAAGCGGAUGCCUAUGGAUGUGCCCAGCGGCGAAUAUGGAUUCUCGAAUUACCUUCCUCCGCCUAAUUAUCAAAUGCAGUACGUGAAUUAUAUGGAGCAAAUACCUAUGGAGCAAAAUCUGCAGCGAUUGUGGUAGGUGCCGAUUUUGAGAAAAAAUUAUCUUUACGAGAAAGAAUUGUCUGAUGUGAGAAUUAUGAAUAAUUUAUCGCUGUAUACUUUCUGCUUUCGAAUUUAUAGUAAUUCAGCUGAUAGCAGCUUAGAUUUAGUAAUUAAUUUACGUCGUUAUACUUGAAUUCUUCUGAAUGAUACUAUAAAUUAUGCGCUGCUGAAAAAUAUUUUAUAUUUUUG